CAUGAUUGAUCCGGGUUGGUCACAUGAAAACAACUGCCUAUGUUCCACGUGCUUCUGUUGGUCUAAAUUAGGUUAUGUUCUCAGUUAUUAAUUAUAUUUAAAUAAUAAUAACGUGUAUUAUCAGUCUUGUAAAACGCUAUGUCUAAAAUGAUGAAAAGUAAUUUCAGUGGGUGGAAGCCACUGACAUUAGAGGGUUCUGUAUUUUCUGGUGCUGUUGAUGGCUUAAUUGGUGUAGAAGAAUUAACAGAUUAUAAAUUGGAGAAAAAGAAUAACAAGACUAACAUUUUAAUUUGCGACGGAGAAAAGAAAAAAAAAGAAAAUAAAGUACCCACAAAACGUAAAACAUUGAACAAAUGGCAAGAAGAUGACACAGAUGAGCCAGUGUCAAAGAAAGUAAAGGUUAAGAAACUUAAGAAAAGUAAUGUUGAAAGAAAAAACAGUAAAAAAGCACAAAAAAAUCAAUCUGUAAAAGACGAUUUAGAUAUUGAUUCUAACAAUGAAAGUCAAGUUAAUACUGAUGAUGAAAAUGUGUAUGAUAUUGAUGUUCAGGCAUGGAGUAUGUUAGGUGUACCUGCUGUUAUAAUAAAAGCAUUAAAAGAUCAACAAUUUCACUCGCCUACGACCAUACAAUCAUUAACAUUACCGUCAGCAAUAUUAGGUCGCAGAGAUAUAUUAGGUGCUGCUGAAACAGGCAGUGGUAAGACAUUAGCCUUUGGAAUUCCAAUUAUAAAUGGUAUUUUGGAAUCAAAACAGUCUAAUAAAUCAGAUGUAGAAUCUGUAGAAGAUACGUACAUCAAUAAUAAAAACAAAGGUUGGAUCUGUUCAGAAAACAAGACUGUAGAAAGUGAUAAUUCAUCUGAAUCUGAUUAUGAAGAUGUUGAUGAUACCAAUGAAAAUAUUGGCUGUGUACGUGUUAUCAAUAAUAUAGAAAUGAAUAAACCACAGAAUUAUACACAAAAGCCAUUAUAUGCAUUAAUCUUGACACCAACUCGUGAAUUAUCUAUUCAAAUAAAAGAUCAUCUCACUAAAGCAGCAAAAUAUACUGAUAUUAAGAUAGCAGUAGUGUUAGGUGGAAUGGCUGCAGUUAAACAAGAAAGAAUAUUGAGCAAAGGUCCUGAAAUUGUGAUUGCUACACCUGGUAGAUUAUGGGAAUUAAUACAGCAAGGCAAUCCACAUCUUAAUCAGGUGGAUUCAAUUAAGUAUUUGGCUAUUGAUGAGACUGAUAGAAUGUUGGAGAAAGGACAUUUCCAAGAAUUGCAACAGCUACUAGAAAAAAUUAAUAUGAAUAAAAAUAUGUUAAAAAAACGACAGACAUUUGUGUUUUCUGCUACAUUAACCAUGGUGCAUGACAUUCCAGAGUAUUUGCAAAGAAAAAAAAAGAAAUGUCAUAAGAGUAAGAUAUCCAAGCUUACAGCUAGUCAGAAGUUACAAAAAAUUGUAGAAUUAGUAGGAAUAAAACAUCCAAAAAUUGUUGACAUUACUAAAGAAUCAGGUACUGCCAGUAAUUUAACAGAAUGUAGAAUAGUGUGUACAAUAGAUCACAAAGAUUAUUAUCUUUACUAUUUUCUGAAAAGACAUGCUGGUAGGACAUUGGUAUUCUGUAAUAGUAUUGGCUGUGUAAAACGUUUAGCUACUCUUUUUGGAAUACUCGAAUGCAGACCAUUACCUUUGCACGCUAGCAUGCAGCAAAGACAACGAUUGAAGAAUCUUGAAAGAUUCCAGGCAGACGAAGAUGGGCUACUAAUAGCUACAGAUGUAGCUGCAAGAGGUUUGGACAUUCCAAAUGUUGAGCAUGUAAUACAUUAUCAAGUUCCCAGAACCAGUGAAAGUUAUGUACACAGAAGUGGAAGGACUGCACGAGCACAGAAAGAAGGAAUAACAGUUCUUAUGAUGGAACCAUCUGAAAAACAGAACUAUACCAAAUUGUGUAAAACACUUGAUCGCACUGAUGACAUACCUAUAUUUCCAGUAGUAGAUAGAUUGCUAAUCGCGGUCAAGGAAAGAGUUGAUAUUGCUCGAGACAUUGAUAAAUUGGAAUUAAAAUGUCGUAGAGAUAAUUCGCAGAAGGGUUGGUUACGUAAAGCAGUCGAGGAUAUGGAUUUGGUUUUAGAAGAAGACGAAGAAGAAUUAGAAUUAGAAACGAAAGAAACUGCAGAUUUGAAACAUCAAUUAAAAGUAAAAAAGCGUCAGUUGGAGUCUCUUAUAUCAAAACCACUAUUCCCAAAAGGGUUUUCAGGAAAAUAUCCUGACGUUAAUAUCGAAUUUGGGUUAAGCGAAGAAAACCAGAAAGCUGUUGAUGUUAUGAAAAAAGUUAUUGAAGAUAUUCCCAAGAAACGGAAGGAAAAAAGUAAAACAUCUAUAAAUAAGAAAGAUUUCCUUAAAAACAAAACCUCAAAAAAGUCUAAAAAGUCUAAAAAGUCUAAAAAGAGGUUAUAAUGCGGAUUUCUUCAACAGAGGAAAAUAAACAUGAUAAAUAAAUUUUUAUAUAUUUAU